GCCCCGAUCCGGCCUGCUGUCAAACGCGCCUGUCAUGGACGUACCUUCAGCCCGACCGUGCAAGAAUGGUGUAAGCGUCGUUGGCAGCGCAAAUUUUCGUGCCCGAGCGUUGUAAUUGAAGUAUUUUCGUACAGUUCGUGCCGUGUUUUCGUGAAAGUGCAGCAGCCGGAGUGCAGCCAAUACGGUGUUUUUCUCCACCGAUUGCCACUGGCACACGCAAGGAGGAGCGUGAACCGUGAAUUGCUAAAAAUCAGUAGUGGCCAGCCCAUCAAACGGUAAAUAUUGGCCAGCAAACUGACCGCGCGACACUGCGGAAGUGGGGAAAGAAAGGAUCCUCCCAGGGAUCGGUGGCAGCAGCAGAACCGAAACAACCGCAGCAGCAGCAGCCACCUCGAAAGUGGAUUGGACGCAGGGUCGGCUUUCGCUGGGGUAAGCCACACAGAACUGCACCCAACGAACCGGAUCGUCCGUCCGACGGGCAGCCAAUCGCAGCAACAGCAGCAACCGGUGAGCAAGGGAAGGAAGAAGAAGAAGAAGCCGAUCAAGAAGUCCGGCCGGUGGUUGUUGCGGAGCAGGGGAGCAUCGAAGGCACUGCUGCGCCCCCCACUGUCGCUCCUCCGGCGAAGGCGAAAUCGGCCAGCAGUUCGCUGUUCAGCUCGCUGGUGCUAGCAGCAGCGCCCAAGCGUCGCAAGGCAAACAACAUCAUCCCGGCCGGUAGUGGUGCUGGUGUUGUUGAGGAGCGCAGCGGCGCCAGCGUCGGCAUCGCCGAGGAAGGAGGCACCCCGGGCCCCGAAGGUCGACGACGUGGUGGAGGAGGCGGAGGCGUAGGCUUCCAGCUGCUGACCCGCUUUCUCACUGUUCUCGGCGGAAAACGUGCGCACCGAACGGCCGCAAAAACGGGGAAGGAAUUUCUUCCGACAGAGGGCUUAAAUUUGUGUUUAUUUCUCUCUCUUUCUCUUUCUCUGUUCUCUAUCCUCUGGCCCAACUCCUCCUGGCCUCAUCAUCCCGGUGCGCUGCUUCUCCCAUCUCGAAACUCGAUGUCACGCCAUCCCGAUUGCUUCCGUCGUGUGCCAAUCGGAUCCUCCACCACAACAACGGCUGCCCGAUCCCGAUCGCUCCAUUUCUGAAAAAAACCCCAUCAUCAUCAUCAUCCUUCUCCUGUUCCUGUGUGUCCUGCUACUGCUGCUGCCCGGCGGUCGCCCCGGUCGCGUCGCUAUGGAUUUUGACAAAACCGUGGAAGCGAUGGACACGCAAGACGACAAUGAAAUCGAUCCGCCCAACAUUCAGAACCUCACGAACGCGGUCGCCGCAGCACCACCAGCCCCGACGUCAGAGGCCGUCGUCGCCGCAGUGGCGGCAGCCGCCGUCGCCGCCGCCAACGGUGCGAGCGCGGACGGGGGCGGGGAAGCGAUGGCGCUGGACGAUCAGGACUUCCUGAACGACGAGGUGCGGUCGGAGGCCACGUUCAGCUAUGUGAUAACGAAGUUCAGCCGGCUGACCGAGUCGAUACUGUCGCCGCCGGUGUACGUGCGCAACCUGCCGUGGAAGAUACUGGCGAUGCCGCGCAACAACGACAACUCGGUAUCGCCCGCCAAGGGGCUCGGCUUCUUCCUGCAGUGCAACGGCGAGAGCACCAGCAACAACUGGAACUGCUCCGCGUCGGCCGAGCUGCGGCUGCUGAAGGCGGACCGGAGCGCGGAACCGUUCAUCCGCCGGAUCCGGCACACGUUCUGCAUGCAGGAGAACGACUGGGGCUUCUCGUCGUUCAUGAACUGGCAGGAGAUACUGGACCCGGCGAACGGGUUCAUCGAGAACGACACGAUCACGCUGGAGGUGUACGUGAACGCGGAGCCGCCGCGCGGCAUCUUCUGGGACUCGAAAAAGCACACCGGGUACGUGGGGCUGAAGAACCAGGGCGCCACCUGCUACAUGAACUCGCUGCUGCAGACGCUCUACUUCACCAACCAGCUGCGGAAGGCGGUGUACAAGAUGCCGACCGAGGCGGACGAUGACUGCAAGUCGGUGGCGCUAGCGCUGCAGCGCGUCUUCCACGACCUGCAGACGCAGAACAAACCGGUCGGCACGAAGAAGCUGACCAAGAGCUUCGGCUGGGACGCGCUCGACUCGUUCAUGCAGCACGACGUGCAGGAGUUUCUGCGCGUGCUGCUGGACAAGCUGGAGAACAAGAUGAAGGGCACCAGCCUGGAGGGCACGAUCCCGAAGCUGUUCGAGGGCAAGAUGAUCUCGUACAUCAAGUGCCAGAACAUCGACUACACGAGCCGGCGCACGGAAACGUUCUACGACAUCCAGCUGAACAUCAAGGGGAAGAAAAACAUCCAGGAAUCGUUCAAGGACUACAUCGCGACGGAGAUCCUGGACGACGACAACAAGUACGACGCGGGCGAGCACGGCCUGCAGAAGGCGGAGAAGGGCAUCCUGUUCAUGAAGUUCCCGCCCGUGCUGCACCUGCACCUGAUGCGCUUCCAGUACGAUCCGAUCUCGGACAAUUCGGUCAAGUUUAACGAUCGCUUCGAGUUCGACGAGAAGAUCAACCUGGACCCGUUCCUGGAGUCGCACGAGGAGACGCCGGCCACGUACAUACUGCACGCGGUGCUGGUCCACUCCGGCGACAACCACGGCGGCCACUACGUGGUCUACAUCAACCCGAAGAACGACGGCAAGUGGUGUAAGUUCGACGACGAUGUGGUGUGCCGGUGCAGCCGCAAUGAGGCGAUCGAGCAGAACUACGGCGGGCACGACAACGAGCUGAACAUGCGCCACAGCAGCAACGCGUACAUGCUGGUGUACGUGCGCGAAUCGGUCGUGCACCAGGUGCUGGAGGAGGUGAAGGAGAGCGACAUCCCGGAGGAGCUGCUCGAGCGGCUGAACGAGCAGCGGCGCAUCCAGCAGGUGCGGCGCACGGAGCGCACCGAGGCGUCCAACUUCGUCAACCUGAACAUCCUGCUCGCGGACUACAUGGAGGUGCACCAGAAGUCGGACCUGUUCGACGCGACGACGGCCGCGUACCGCACGCUGAAGGUGCGCAAGACGACCGACCUUGCCUCGGUGGUGCAGCAGGUCGGGCGCGCGUUCAAGGUCGACCAGUACCGGCUGUGGGAGGUGAAGAAGCCCGCCAACCAGAAGCCGCACAAGUUCGAGUACAUCGAUCCGGCGUCGACGGAGACGUGCGCCAAGUACGCAUCGCCCGAGACGAAGCACUCGUGCACGAUCUUCCUCGAGCUGCCGCUGCCGGGCCGGACCGAGCUCGAGCCGGCCAAAAUCACGUUCGAGGACACGCUGCUGUUCUUCAAGUUCUACGAUCCGGUGGAGAAGCGGCUGAACUACUGCGGCCACGGGCUGUACAAACCGUCGACGACGGUCGCCGAGCUGGUGCGCGGGCUGAACAAGCGCGCCUACUUCGAGCCGGACACCGAGCUGCAGCUGUACGAGGUGGUGGACAUUAACAAGGCGCAGAAAAUCACGGACCAGUUCCAGACGCUGCAGACCGCCCUGUCCUUCCUCUGCCACGGCACGAUCGUGGUGUUCGAGAAGCUGCACCCGCCGCAGGACAAUCUCGAGUUUCCGACGUGCGAGGCGUACUUCAAGGAUCUGUUCUGCCGCAUGGAGGUCAUCUUUCUCGACACGCUCAUCCCGAACGAUACCGGCUUCACGCUCGACCUGUCGUCCGAGUCGACGUACGACCAGAUCGCGAAGGCGGUCGGCCGCCGCAUCAACGUCAACCCGUACGAGAUACAGUUCUUCAAGAGCAAAAACUACAGCGACCUGCCCGGGCAGCCGCUGUCGCACAGCUACGCCGGCUCGCUACGGGAGGUGCUGCAGUACAGCAAGACGAAAACGAUCCGCAAGCUGUUCUACCAGAAGCUCUCGAUCAACAUCAACGAGCUGGAGAACAAGAAGCAGUUCCGCUGCCUCUACCUGAUGCCGAACCUGAAGGAGGAGAAGGAGCUGAUCCUCUACCCGAACAAGAACGGUACCGUGCGCGACCUGCUCGAGGAGGCCCGGAAGGUGAUCGAGUUCGCGGAGGCGAGCACGAAGCAGCUGCGGAUUUCCGAGCUGUCGAAGAACCGGCUGUCGCCCGGGCCGGCCGACGAUACGCCGCUCGACCAGCUGCACGACUACACCGAGAACCCGUUCGUGCAGAAGUCGAGCAUCGGCAACCAGACGAUGUACCGCAUCGAGGAGGUGGCCGAGGACGAGGUGGCGCUCGGCGAGCACGAGAUGCUCGUGCCGGUGCUGCACUUCACCAAGGACAUCUCGAGCGUGUUCGGCAUACCGUUCUUCAUACGCACCGUGCAGGACGAAACGUUCGCCUCGCUGAAGGAGCGCAUGAAGAAGAAGCUGGGCGUGUCGGACAAGGAGUGGGAGAAGUACCGGCUAGCGAUCAUCACCGAGCACAUCGACUACAUCGACGACGAGAUGAUACAGAUCAAGCUGGAAACGUUCCGGGGCGAUCCGAGCGAUCCGCACUCCCGGACCUUCCUCGGGCUGGAGCACAUCAACAAAAACACCAAACGCAGCAGGUUCAACUACAUGGAAAAGGCGAUCAAGAUUUACAACUAGAUAUCCAGCAAGCAGGAGAGAGCGAGAGAGAGAGAUAGAGAGAGAUAGAGAUACUAAAUUCGCACUUUACAGUGCUCAGUGAAAAGCCUUGUUUUCCCCCGCCCUCAUCAGGAUCAUCGAUCGAUCGGUUGUCGUCAUCGUCAUCGCCGCUGCUAUCAUCACCACCGCCAACACAACCCCUCGACCUUUUUGUGGGCUGUUGAGUUGAGCCGCUGGAGGGGAGGGAAUGUAGAAAGUAUGUGAGUGUAUUUGAAAUAUCACGAUUUUUUGUUUCUAUUCUGAUCGGUUCUUGUCCAAUAUCGAGGGCACGAAACGGUCAUUUUAAAAUGCAGCAUUGGGCCCUCGGCCUUGCCAGAGGCCAAUGCACACGAUUUAUUCUUGCUGCCGGCGAGACACUGAUUGUACCAUAGCAAUGAAUGUUGUGUAAAAGAGAGAGAGAGAGUAUGCAAAAUACAAAAAAAAAAACGGAUGAGACGAACUAGGUUCGACUUCAACACACACACACACAACCGGUUGAAGACAGUCAAUAGGCGUGUUAUCGUUCAUUCUUAAAUUGAAUGGCCGGGAAAAUUUUGUUGCAUUGCCUCCAUACAUACACUCACACCCACAUCAGCAGAUAAAAAACAUCGAGAUAGGAGGAUGAAGCAUUGUAAAAUUAGCAAUUACGUACGGACCUGUUUGCUUUUAUGGGGAAAACUUAUCGCAAAAUUAAGGGGCGCCCCCAGCCCCAGUUAGGUACACCGCGCACAGCGAAACCGGAGAGCAAAGAAAAGGGUUGGUAGGAGCCAAACCUGUGCGUUCCCGGAUGUGCGAUUUUUUUUCUGUUGUCGCAUACGGUGGGUGUGUGUUCUAAAAUACUUUUAAAAGCGCUGAACAACGUUUCAUUUUGGGCGCGCGCGCAAGCUUUAUACUGCUGUUUCGUGUGCUUUUGGUUGUAGUUCGUUUAUUAUAUGCUGCUUUUGUAUACAGUUAAUAUAAUUCUACUGAAAUUAA